UCGUUACAGAUCUCUCUCACGACCCACAUUUACCCUCAUCAAAUCCACAUUCACCAAACCCCCUGCCACGCCAAAGCCCUCACCUUCCCUCCUCAACACUUCUACUUCUUCUUCUUCCUCCGCCGCACUUUCAAGGUCGGUUUCUCGGCUGGGGUGCGUGCAGUCCCUGCUUCCGCUGCACUCGGCGGUGUCUUCGGCGCGCCUGACGUCUUGCCUCGGCGUUGAUUCGAGGAGCUCGAGAUCGUUGUCUCAGGAAAUGGGUCUCGGCACGCCUCGAUAAGAGAUGUAGAAGAUUGUUGAUUGAUGGAUUAGAAUCAUCAUUCAUUUUGCAGAGAUGCUUCUUUAUGCUAAUUGUCUUAUGUUUUCAGCAGUUUGGUAUAAUAGCCUAUAAAGUUGGAAGGCUCUGUGGUUAUUGUUUCAGUGAAAUCCUUGAAAAUGUUAAAAUCAUUACUCUCUUAAUUGGUUUAAAGAUAAAAAUUUUGGCAAUAUCACUUGAUGAAUAAAAAAAUAUAUUGCUGAUUCAGUUCCCCAUCAAAUCUGGUGAAAUCCAGAUUAAAUUUGCAGUUAGAAUCAGUGUAUUUGCAUGUCAUGGUUAAGUGGAAUGAACAAUUUGAUUUUCAUUUAGGUAUGACAUGUAUGUACCCGAGAAAGAACUUCGUUAGGGGGAAAGCACUUUGCCAUCUUCUCACA